AUGAGAUGUUCAUACCUGUUGAUAGCUGCUUUAGUUUCCUUCUGUAAUGCUUUUUAUUUACCUGGUGUAGCUCCUAGUACUUACAAUGAGGGGGACGAGCUUCCUUUAUUGGUCAACCAUUUAACACCUUCUUUAAAUUAUCAGAAGAAAGAUGACUUGGGUAAGAAAGUUGAGAGUAGAGAGAAAAUGUUAUACUCCUUUGACUAUUAUUUCCCAAAGUUACACUUCUGUAAACCUGAAAAGAUUGUUAAACAGCCAGAUUCCUUAGGUUCAAUUUUAUUUGGAGAUAGAAUUUAUAAUUCUCCAUUCAGUAUCAAAAUGUUAAAACCAGAAAAUAAUGUUAAAUUAUGUUCUAUUACUAUCCCAGGCUCAGAUGCUAAAUUCAUAAAUAAAUUAAUUAAAAAUGGAUUUUUCCAAAAUUGGUUGAUUGAUGGUUUACCAGCUGCAAGAAAAAUUUAUGAUUCUAACACUCACACUGAGUUUUAUGAUGUAGGAUUUCCUUUAGGUUUUGUUGAGAUUAAGAAAAAUGUUGGUGGUUUAGGUAUUCCAAUGGAUGCUAAGACAAAAGACUCAGGUAAAAAGAACAGUAACUCUGAUAAGAAAAAGGAUUCUAAGAAAAAAGAUGAUUCCCAGAAGAAAGAAGAUUCUAAUAAGAAAGAAAAAAGAGAACCAAAAAGAAUAAGCAAAUUAGUCCACAAUGUGGAGUUUCCAUACUUAGCCAAUCAUUAUGUUAUUAACGUUGAAGUUCACGACCGUGGUGAAGGUAAUUACCGUGUUGUCGGUGUAACAGUUGAUCCAUAUUCCACAACUGAUUCUGCCAACCCAGAAAAGGGAAAUAAGUUAUUCUUAGAUGAGAAGAAAGAUAACGAAGUCACAUUCUCUUAUUCCGUUAAUUUCAUCGAAUCGGAAACAGUUUGGGCUACUAGAUGGGAUAAAUAUUUACACACUUACAAUCCAACUAUUCAAUGGUUUUCUCUAGUCAAUUUUUCGAUUAUUGUCUUAUUAUUGUCUGCAUUGGUUACCUAUUCCUUAUUGAAAGCGUUGAAAAGCGACUUUGCUCGUUACGAGGAAUUUAAUUUAGAUAAUAGUUUCAAUGAAGACUCUGGCUGGAAACUAGGUCACGGUGAUGUUUUCCGUAUUCCAAGUCAAUCUAUGCUAUUAUCUAUUUUAGUUGGUUCUGGCGCUCAACUAUUCUUGAUGAUAAUUAGUAGUAUCUUUUUGGCUGCUAUCGGUAUCAUUUCACCAAGCUCAAGAGGUUCGUUACCUUCUGCCAUGUUUACAUUCUAUGCAUUGUUCGGGUUCUGGGGUUCUUAUAUUUCUAUGAGUGUUUACAAAUUUUUCAAAGGUCCAUAUUGGAAGGCUAAUAUGAUUUUAACACCACUUUUAGUUCCAGGUUUCAUUUUGGUGAGUAUACUUGGUUUGAAUUUUUUCUUACUAUUUGUCCACUCUUCAGGUACGAUCCCAAUGACAGCUUUACUUUUAAUUGUGGUGAUCUGGUUCGUCAUUUCACUACCAUUAUCUUUCCUCGGUUCAUUACUUGCUAACAAAAGAUCUAACUGGGGCGAACAUCCAACGAAGACUAACCAGAUUGCGAGACAAAUCCCAUUUCAAUCAUGGUACUUAAAGACCAUCCCGGCAAUUUUAAUUGCAGGUAUAUUUCCAUUCGGUGCUAUUGCAGUUGAAUUAUACUUCAUUUAUACCAGUUUAUGGUUUAACAAGAUCUUCUAUAUGUUUGGUUUCUUAUUUGUUUCCUUCUUACUGUUGACCUUGACCACAUCAUUAGUUACUGUGUUAAUAACUUAUCAAUCAUUAUGCAUGGAAAACUGGAACUGGCAAUGGAGAAGUUUCACAAUUGGUGGGGUUGGUUGCUCAUUAUACAUUUUCAUUCACUCAAUUUUGUUCACCAAAUUUAAAUUAGGUGGAUUCACUACCAUGAUAUUAUAUAUUGGUUACACUUUACUACUUUCAAUUUUGUCAUGUAUUGUCACUGGUGCUGUUGGAUUUAUCAGCAGUAUGAUCUUUGUAAGAAAGAUUUACUCAAAUGUUAGAGUUGACUAG